AUGGAUCCACACAACCCAAUUGUUCUGGACCAAGGUACUGGUUUUGUUAAGAUUGGUAGAGCUGGGGAGAAUUUCCCAGACUACACAUUCCCCUCCAUUGUGGGUCGUCCUAUCCUGAGAGCGGAAGAGCGUGCUACAAUUAACAAGCCAUUGAAGGACAUAAUGAUUGGUGACGAGGCCAGCGAUGUGCGUUCCUAUCUGCAAAUCUCUUACCCUAUGGAAAAUGGUAUUAUUAAGAAUUGGACUGACAUGGAAUUAUUAUGGGAUUAUGCCUUCUUCAACCAAAUGCAACUUCCAACAACUUCAGGAGGUAAGAUCUUGCUUACAGAACCACCAAUGAAUCCAGUGAAAAAUAGAGAGCAAAUGUGUGAAGUUAUGUUUGAGAAGUAUGACUUUGGUGGUGUUUAUGUUGCAAUCCAAGCCGUACUAGCCCUAUACGCCCAAGGUCUAUCUUCUGGUGUGGUGGUGGACUCUGGUGACGGUGUUACUCAUAUUGUCCCAGUGUAUGAAUCUGUGGUGUUAAACCAUUUGACAAGAAGGCUGGAUGUGGCAGGUAGAGACGUCACUAGACACCUGAUUGAUCUACUAUCACGUCGUGGUUAUGCAUUCAAUAGAAGUGCUGAUUUCGAAACUGUUCGUCAAAUAAAAGAGAAGUUAUGUUAUGUUUCAUAUGAUUUGGAUCUCGAUACAAAGUUAGCAAGAGAGACUACAACACUUGUGGAAAACUAUGAACUACCUGACGGUAGAAUAAUUAAAGUUGGUCAAGAACGUUUCGAAGCUCCAGAAUGUUUAUUCCAACCAAACUUGGUAGAUGUUGAACAAGCUGGUAUUGGGGAGCUUUUAUUUAACACAAUUCAAUCGGCUGAUGUGGAUGUGAGAAGUUCACUGUACAAGGCAAUUGUCCUAUCUGGUGGUUCAAGUAUGUACCCAGGUUUGCCAUCCAGGUUAGAGAAGGAACUAAAACAAUUAUGGUUCACUAGAGUAUUGAAUAAUGAUCCAACAAGAUUAGACAAGUUCAAGGUAAGAAUUGAAGAUCCUCCAAGAAGAAGACAUAUGGUGUUUAUUGGUGGUGCUGUCCUUGCCAGUAUCAUGGCUGAUAAAGACCACAUGUGGUUAACUAAGCAAGAAUGGAGAGAAAGCGGGGCAGCCGCAAUGAGCAAAUUCGGUCCUCGAUAG